UUAGUAAUGAUGAUGUAUCUGCACAUGAUGGUUCUGUCUAUGAUGAUUCUGAAGGAUAUGAUGAUGAUCUGAAAGAUUAUUUUGAAGUUGACAAUGGUUCUUCUCAUUAUAAUUCUAUUGAUGAUGAACUAGUGGAAAAUGAUAAUGCUGCAAACAUUAUAGAAAAACUUUGUGAAGCAACAAGAAAAAGAAAGAAUCAACAGCAGCGUAAAGCAGCAAAAGGGACUCUUACUUUACACAUCUUUUGGAAUACCAAGAAACCUUCUGAAGAAAUUGAUGAGGAGCUGACUGAAGAGACUAAUGUAGAAGAAUCAGAUGAUAAAAUUAAAGAUUGCGAUUGA